AUGAACGGUGACAGCUAUUCUUCCCGAGAUGGGCGCAGGGGACGAGAUUAUCCUCCUAGAGGAGAAAGAGGUGAUAGAGACGAUCGUCGAGACCGACACCGUGACCGCGACCGCAGACGAUCUCGCUCACCCGAGCACCGAAGCCAUCGACGAGGUGAAGGCGAUGUCGAUGCCUACUCGUCCAGCCGAAACCACCGCGAUCGUGAGCGUGAAGACAGAUACUCGGGCCGCGAAAGACGAGGUGGCGAUCGUGAGUGGGAUCGUGAUCGAGGAUCAUCCCGUCGAGAUGCCAGACGCGACGACGAUGAGCGGCCUAACAGGCGAGACCGAGAUCCCUACGAAGACCGUCGUCGCGGUGGAAGAGAUCGACGUGAGGACAGAUUUCCAGCACAGCAGGAGCGCCGUAGCGCGAGCCCACCACCUAAGAAGCGAGAACCAACUCCAGAUCUUACCAACAUCGUACCUGUCCUUGAUCGCAAGCGUCGCCUGACUCAGUGGGACAUCAAGCCUCCAGGUUACGAAAAUGUUACAGCUGAACAGGCCAAGCUGUCUGGCAUGUUCCCUCUUCCCGGCGCUCCUCGGCAACAGCCAAUGGACCCGAGCAAACUACAGGCGUUUAUGAACCAGCCUGGUGGGCAAGUCACGAGCGCUGGACUGAAAGCCAAUAACUCUCGCCAGUCAAAGCGACUGUUGGUUUCAAGAAUCCCCUCAGGCACAAGCGAAGAGGCCCUCAUGUCUUUCUUCAACCUCCAGCUGAAUGGAUUGAAUGUCAUCGACACCACAGACCCUUGCGUCCUGUGCCAGUUCUCCAACGACCGGUCAUUUGCCGUCAUCGAGUUCAAAGACGCACCUGAGGCAACAGUUGCUCUGGCAAUGGAUGGAAUAUCUAUGGAAGCCAGCGAUGCAUCGAAUGGUACGGAUGGAGGUCACCGUGGCCUUGAAAUUCGCCGGCCCCGUGACUACGUAGUGCCUGCAGUAACUGAGGAAGUCUCCUAUGAUUCCGAGGUCGUCUCGAACAUCGUUCCGGACACUGUCAACAAGCUCAGCAUCACCAAUAUCCCCACCUUCUUGACAGAAGAGCAGAUUAUUGAACUACUGGCUAGCUUUGGCAAACCCAAGGCUUUUUCUCUUGUCAAGGACAGAGGGACAGAAGAGUCCAGAGGUAUCGCAUUUGCAGAGUACCAAGACCCCGCCGCCUCCAAUCCAACUGCGCUUGACACACUCAACGGGAUGGAAAUUGGAGGCAAGAAGCUCAAAGUUAGCAAGGCCAGUAUCGGUCCUACACAAGUCGCCAACUUCGACGUGGGUAUUACCGCUAUCAGUGGUCUUGCUUCUCAGACUGCCAAUGAGGUUGAAAGCAGUCGAGUGCUUCAGCUUCUAAACAUGGUGACUGCUGAAGAGCUGUUGGACAAUGACGACUACGAAGAAAUUUGCGAAGACGUUAGGGAAGAAUGCUCCAAGUUUGGUAAAAUCCUUGAUGUCAAGGUUCCUCGACCCACUGGUGGCAGUCGACAAUCCGCUGGUGUAGGCAAGAUCUUUGUCAAGUACGAGAGAGCCGAAGAUACAGCAAAGGCUCUGCAAGCUCUUGCAGGACGUAAGUUUGCUGACAGAACUGUCGUGACAACAUAUUUCCCAGAGGAAAACUUCGACGUUGGAGCGUGGUAA